GGCAAAGGGUACCGAGCAGCUCCUGCGGCUCCCGAGAACCCUGGACUCCAAAAGCCACGCCCCUGCUGACGCCAUCGCCGGCCGAGGCUCCUCCUUCCCUCAUGCGCGCGCGCACAGCUCCGCCCCUGGUCCGUUGCCGGAACGGUGCGGGCGGCUCUCUUGCGGGCUGCCAUUCGCUGCCCUGGACAACAGCGCCCCUGAGCAUGUGCAGAGAGCGCCGCAGAGAUGGCCGAGGAGGAGCUGGAGUCGCUCCUGAGCGGUAAGGGCUGGCCUGUCCCGGAGCAAGGGGAUGCCGGUCCCCCACCGCCUCUCCGGCCCGUCUGCCUUCGGAAGGACACUUGCUACGUGGUGAUGGCGGUGCUGUUGAAUGAGAAGAAAGAAGUGCUGGUGAUGCAGGAGGCCAAGCCGGAGUGUCACGGGAUGUGGUACCUGCCUGCGGGGCGGAUGGAGCCGAGAGAGACCAUCGCGGAGGCCAUGCAGCGGGAGGUGAAGGAGGAGACCGGCUUGGAGUGCCAGCCGCUGACCCUGCUGGCCGUCGAGGAGCGGGGCCCCGUCUGGCUGCGCUUCGUUUUCCUGGCAAAACCUACAGGUGGUACCCUGAAAAGCCUGAAGGAUGCAGAUGCAGAAUCGCUGCAGGCCCAGUGGUGGGACAGGAAGUCUGCGCUGCCCUUACGAGCCCGGGACAUUUUGCCCUUAAUAGAUCUUGCGCUGCAGUAUCAAUCCGACCCAUGCCACCCACCUACGCUGCCUACAGAGCUGCCUUGUGCUGUGAUCUGCCAGCGGCUGCUGGCCAUAUUUACUGACAGUAAUGGUGCUCUGUGGGUGCUCUUGGGCAGAGAGAGUUUUCCGCACUUGCCCAUUGCUGUGAGUAGCUUGUCUCCAUCACAGCUGGGCAGAGGACUUCUGGUGGCCGUUCAUCAGUUCCUCCAGGAGUGCUUGCUACUUCCUCGUGUGGUGGUCCAGGUCCAGGGCUUGCUUGGGCUAGAGCACCUAGGCAAGGAUCCAGGACAAAGCGAUGGCAUCUGCCUCAACACAGUAUUAACAAUUGGGGACACAGACCAGUGCUCAAAGGAGAAACCUCCGGAGUUGCGGAGCAAGGCCUUCUUCUGGUGGAAGGUCAAAGAUGAGGAUCUGAAGAACAGGAUCCUUCAUAGGCUUAACACAUCCGCCUUUAUCCCUAUUCACAGCUAGGUCCCCUUCUUACUAGUGUCAGGGACUGAAUAGCUAAGAGUCUAAUGCUGUUUGACUAACUGGGGUUUAGGAAGAAGCAUGUCCCAAACAGCCACACUGCUGGGUCCUUUAAAGCUGAGUUGGAAGAACUAGUUUUCCAGGUAGGAAAACCCUUGGCUAUGUCAAAAUACAACCAGCCUGCACACAGUUUGAUGUUGGAGUAGUGCUUUGGUGAGGUGCAGAAUGGAAUUAGGUGACACCAGGGCAGCCUAAAGUACCAUCAAGAGUAACUAAGCAUUUUUGGUUUUGUAUGAAAUUGCAUGUUUCUGUCUAAAUACCGGGAACUCAUUGGUGUUCUCUCAUUUGAGGAACACCGAGGAACAUAUCUUUUUUCUUAGGGGUCCACAGCAAGGGAGGCUUAUGCAAUAUCAGCUAGUGACUUAUGCAUCCUCUACAAAAGUGUAGCCCUGAAGGACCAAAAGGUGUUGGCGGCUCAGAGCUGUGGUUUAUUGCUGGGGUCUCUUAGAAGGGAUUCUCAGCUUUAUGUAGAAGAAUUCAGCAUAGCAAUGUCUUUGACUUUGUACAAAACAAAUAACAGCCCACUUUCCUCCAUAUGGUUAACAUUUUUCAUUAAUGGAAACAGGACCAGGAGGCACAUAACUGGGACCUGCCUUGAAUUUCAUAAUGAAAGAUGUUAAUUUUGGCCAGAGCCCCUGAUCUUUCCCAAGCUUCUCAAGGUCGCUACAGAUUUGUUUUACCACUGUGAGCAGUGAUCCAAGGACUCGAUUUCUGCAGGAUUUUUACCACAGCUUGCUCCGUGUUUGAGGCACUGAUAACAAGUCAUCCAUAUAAUCAGCACUGUAAAUGGGGAAAACUACAUGGUUUGAGAUGUCUCAUAAUGAACUUUGCUCUUCUUUACCUCUUGCUGAAUCCUGCUUUGCUCCUUCAAAAUGUUGCACUAAUGCUUCAUAGUUUUCCCUAACAGCUGACACUGACUGGUAGAUGUGAUCCAUUCAGUGCUUAAAAUUUGGCCAAUUUAAACAAGUUAACUUUCUCGCAAGUUUGUACACAUUUUUCAGUUCUCUCCUGUUUUUAGGUGACAUGUAAUACAAGAUAUAGUUUAUCAAUUAAAUCUAUUGAUUCCAAAGACUGAUUUUACAGCAUCACUAACUCAUAGUUCUAAUCUUUGGCUGGCUGGUAUACUGCCACACACUAGAGCCAGUUUGGUGUAGUGGUUAAGAGCGUGAGACUCUAAUCUGGAGAGCCAGGUUUGAUUCCCCACUCCUCCACUUGAAGCCAGCUGGGUGACCUCGGGCUAGUCACGGCUCUCUGGAGCUCUCUCAGUCCCACCCACCUCACAGGGUGUUUUGUUGUGGGGAUAAUAAUGACAUACUUUGUAAACUGCUCUGAGUGGGCAUUAAGUUGUCCUGGAGGGCGGUAUGUAAAUCGAAUGUUGUUAUUAAAGAAGGAAAUUUAGAAAAAAGCAAGAGUCCAGUAGCACCUCUAAGACUAACAAAAUUUGUGGUAGGGUAUGAGUUUUCGAGAGCCACAGCUCACUUCUUCAGAUACAGCUAGAAACAAAUUUUGUUAGUCUUAUAGGUGCUACUGGACUCUUGCU